UUUUCUUCUUCUAAAGUUGGGAGUUUGUGUUUAUGAGCUCUCCAAACGAACUCGAGAAGCUAAAAUCAACCACUGAUGGAGGUUCCAAUUGGGUUUCUUGCCAUGCUAUGGAGCUUUCUCUCCUUCCUUCCCUUCUUCUUCCUCCUGUUAACGCUUGGCCUCCUUAAAGGGUCACUCAUAGCCCCACUGGUUGUGGGAAUUAUUGUGUUUGGAAAUUCAGCAGUUAUAAUUGGGCUUUGGCCUGCCCAUUUUCUCUGGACUUACUACUGUGUUACAAAGACCAAGAGGCUUGGUCUGGUUGUGAAGGUUUUGGCGCUGAUAUCAUUGCCACUGCCUCUGCUUCUUUGGCCGAUCCUUGCCAUUGUUGGAAGCCUUUUGGGUGGACUUGGGUAUGGCUUUUUUGCCCCCCUUGUUGCUACUUUUGAGGCUGUUGGAGAGACUACUGCUGACAAAUUCUUCUUUUGCUUUAUAGAUGGUUGUUGGUCCACUAUCAACGGAAGCUGUACAGUGGUGCGGGAUUUCACGGACUUCUGCUUUCACUCUUACUUCUCUUACAUGGAUGAACUGAGGGAGCACGUUCCACCAAAUGAGAAGCCCGUGGAUAUAAAGUUAUCAAAGCUGCCAAGCUGUUUGUUGGUGAUCGUUCUUGGAGUGCCACUUGAUGUGCUUUUGAUCACCAUUGUUGCGUUGUGGAAAAGUCCUUACAUGCUGCUCAAAGGAUGGAAAAGACUAUUAGAGGACUUGAUUGGAAGAGAAGGACCAUUCUUGGAGACGGUGUGUGUCCCUUUUGCUGGUCUUGCCAUCAUUUUGUGGCCUAUAGCUGUGGUUGUGGCUGUGAUAAGUGCUAUCAUCUCCAGCCUCGUCCUGGGCUUCUACGCCGGAGUUAUUGUCCAUCAGGAAGACUCCCUUUGGCUGGGACUUGCAUACAUUGUUUCAGUGGUUUCACUGUUUGAAGAAUAUGUGAAUGACUUACUUUACUUGAGAGAAGGAUCCUGCCUUCCCAGGCCCAAUUACCGGAGGAACAUGAACCCUCCUGAUGGCGAUAGGAAUGAUAGGAAGAAUGAAAGCGAAGACUCAUACAAUUCGAAGCUGCUUUUAGAACGAUCAAAAACAUUGAAGUUCACGAUCCAACAAUACAAACCAAUGCAAGUAUGGGAUUGGCUGUUUAAAUCUUGUGAGGAGAAUAGCCGGAUGCUUCUUCGCGAAGGUCUAAUAGAUGUCAACGACAUUGGAGAAUGCAUUGUAAAGGGAAAUUGUAAGAAGUUGAGUGUCAAACUACCUGCCUGGUCCAUUUUUCAGUGUCUGCUUGCAUCUGCAAAGUCUAACUCAUCUGGCUUGAUGAUCUCUGAUGAAAUAGAGUUAACAAAGAAUAACUGGCCAAGGGACAAGGUAUUAGAGUGGUUCAUUGGACCACUUCUGAUUAUGAAGGAGCAAAUAAAGGGACUCCAACUAGAUGAAAAUGAAGAAGGCUGCCUGAAGAGGCUGGUUAUGGAUUACAAAAAUGAAAAACCAGAGGAGUGGGAUGAUGCUGGGUUUCCAUCAAAAGACAAUGUCAGACGAGCACAGUUGCAAGCUAUAAUCAGGAGAUUGCAGGGAAUUGUAACUUCCUUAUCCAGGAUACCAACCUUCAGACGCCGCUUUACUGGUUUGGUGAAGAUGCUGUAUAUGGAGGCAGUACAGAGUGGUGUUCUGGCAAAUCAGGUCGUGAAUAGCUCAAACUCAGAACGAGGACAUGGCAACGAGGGGCCAAGUGACUGUGGGCAUGGUAAAGAUUCAAGGUCAUCAGGAGAAAACUCAGAGCAUGAGGCACAUGGCAUUGGGGAUAUAGUAUAAACAUGGAGUAUGAACAAGAAGAUGAAUUUUUUAGGAUAUGUUGAAAGGUCUGUAAGCACUGGCUGUUAAAUGGAGUUGUUUCCUUGUAUCGAUUGUACAUGUUGUAGGAAAGUGUUAGAUUGGUUGAGAGUUCUGAAAGGAAAUUUAACAUUGAACUUUGAAAUGGAACAAAAGAAUCAAUACUUGCAAGGGAA